AUGAUGAAGCCUACUUAUUCUUAUUUUUCUGGGUAUCAUGUGUGUCUCAUUUUACUGCAAGUGAUAACGCUGACAUUAGAGAAUCUGAUGGUGACUACUCCCACUGGACACUUGGUGGCUAAAGUAGGAGGCCAGGCUGAGCUCAGCUGCCAGGUGUCCCCACCACGCAGUGUGGAGGAUAUGGAGGUGCGCUGGUUCAGGGGUGACAAAUCCAAACUUGUUUAUCAAUACAGAGGUGGCCAUGGAAAGAAUGGAGAAGCUGCACCUGAAUAUGGGAAUCGUGUAGAGUUUGUGAAAGAGGCCAUUGGGAAGGGAAAAGUGGCCCUCAGAAUCCAUAAUAUCAGCAUUUCGGAUGAUGGGCCUUACCAGUGCUCAUUUAGUGAUGAUGGCUUCAGCGAUGUGGCCUUCAUGAAACUCCAUGUGGCAGCAUUUGGAUUGAAGAUGCAAAUCCAUGUUCAGAGUUCUGGUCGUGAUGGUGUCAUUGUGGAGUGUUUUUCAGAAGGGUGGUUCCCACGGCCCCAAAUGGAGUGGAGAGACAGCACAGGGAAUGUAGUUCCUUAUUCUUCAAUAUCAUACUCACAGGAUGGAGAUGGAUUUUUCUAUGUGAAGAUGACUCUUCUCCUCAAAAACCAAUCACAGAAGAGUAUCACAUGCUGUGUUCUUAACCCUCUAACGGGUGAAGAUAAGCAAAUAAAUCUCCUCAUAGCAAGUGAGUGCCCAGCCAAGAGGGUUUAA